AUGAGUUUCGUCCACCUAAACCCUCGCCCCAUGCUCGAGAAGCUUGUCGGAAACCCAGUCCUUGUUCGUCUAAAAUGGGGUGAGGUAGAGUACAAGGGAACGCUGGUAUCCAUCGACAGCUACAUGAACAUUCAACUCUCCGGCACCGAAGAGUACAUCGAGGACAAGCCUACUGGAUCACUAGGCCAAGUGUUGAUCAGGUGUAACAACGUACUGUGGGUGCGCGGUGCGGAUGCAGGAAGCGACGCUGAUGCCGCUAUGACUGGUUAA